AUGACACAAGUAUUUCUUACUGGCGCAAAUGGCUUCAUCGGAGCAAAUAUUGCGAAGAAUCUCAUUGAAAAAGGCUAUAAAGUGAUUGGCACUGUUAGGACGGCUGAGAAGGGCGACAAGUUGAAGAGACAAUUGGGUGAAAAUUUCACCUAUGAGGUUGUUCCUUCCUUUAUCGGGGAAGGUGCUUUUGAUGAGGCAUUGAAGAAGCAUCCGGAAGUGGUGGCAUUCUUGCAUUCUGGUUCUCCUGUCGUGUUAGAAUCAGAGGACCCUGAAAAUGAUGUGCUUUUGCCUGCGAUUCAGGGAACUCAAAAUGCUUUGAAAGCAGCGCAAAAGUACGGACCGAACAUCCGAAAGUUCGUAUAUACGUCGUCUGUUGCCGCAAUGCACCACUUAAGCGAGGCGGCGCAUGUCACCGAAAAACUGUGGAAUCCCAUUACAUACGAAGCAGCUAAAACAGAGCCUAAUGGAUUGUACCAGGGUUCUAAAACUUUUGCUGAAAAGGCUGCUUGGGAAUUCAUUGAGUCAGAAAAACCCUCCUUCACACUCACUACCGUCAGUCCUGUGUUUACUUUUGGUCCUUUGGCCUUUGAUGAAGAUGCCGCAACGAAUUCUUUCUCCUCAACCUCGACUAUAAUUCCCCUUGUUCUCAAUACCAAAAAGGGUGGGAAGUUACCGGACUUCAAAGGUUCAGCUGUGCACGUAAAAGAUGUGGCAAGAUUGCACAUCGCUGCCAUUGAAAAUGACAAUCUUGCUGGAAAGAGAUUGAUCGCGUGUUCUGCUUAUUGGGACAUUCAAAUUCUAUUGGAAUUUAUUCAAAAAAACUACCCCGAACUUGCAAAAGACUUGCCUGAAGGAAAUCCAGGAAGCAGUGAGGAGGCCAGAAAGACAGCUCCAACUUUUGAUAACUCUGAAACCACUAGAUUAGUUGGAAUCGAAUGGAUUCCAGUUGAAACAGCGUUUAAAGAUGCGCUUGACCAAAUCAUUAGAACGAGAGGAUAG